GUCCUGUCUGUUUCUAACUGCGUCAUCGUCGCCGAAUCGAGCGGCUUCAUCACUUCUGAACUGCCUGCGACGCCCACAGUCUGCGUCGCAUCAUCACACUUGCCAGUCCCCCCACUAGGCUCACAAACUCUCCAACCACAGUACAGCGCGCUGCCGUCAUGUGGUUCAUCGGCUGGCCGCUGGGUCUUCUUCUCUCCGCCAUCUCCAGUAUCUUCGGGAUCACGGGGAAACUGCUACUCAAGCUGGCACACAAUGAACGCGACAAGGAAGAGAUGGCAGCAGCGCAACGUGAGCUGCGUAAGAGCCACGGGAGCCCCUCUUUGGCUGUCAAGUCCAAUCUGGGCUGCACGUACUUCUAUUGUGGCCUUUUCUCCAUGCUAGUCAUGAAUCCUGCACUGGGGGCGCUGGCCUAUUGCUUCGCUACACAGUCGCUACUUGCGCCCAUGGCGGGACUCACUAUCGGCUGGAAUACGCUGUUUGGACCAAUUCUAUUGCCCCAUGAACGCCUCACAACUAACGACUUUGUGGGAGCUGUGCUGAUUUUCACGGGUUGUGUACUGGUUGGUGUCUCGGGUACACACGAUAGCCCCCCGCUGCCCGUAGAGCUAGUCGGAUCGAGAUUCAAAUCUUUCUCCUUCAUUCUGUACGCUGUGGUGUUGCUGGCAUUGCUGAGUUUCUUGAUCCAUCAUGCUAAACAUGCGCUACACUUUACCACGACAUCUCGUCGGGCUGGAGUGGAGAGCUCGCCUGUUUCUAGUCCGGAGCAACUUCCGGUGAUCGCACGUGUCUCGUUAAGUGUCUUUGCUGGCGUCAUGAGUGGCCAGCUUUUCUUCCUCGCUGCUGUGAUGCGUAUCGUUCACGAUGACGGAGCGAGUCGCAUCUGGUCGUUUCCAGUGACCUACGUGUGUAUCAUUGGCGCCGUGGGAACAGCGCUGUUUGGGUUGUAUUUACUUAACGAGGCGCUGGCUGUUGAAGACGCAGUUGUGGUGAUUUAUCUGUACGAAGCGAGUUAUAUCAUGUCUGGUGCUAUCUCGGGACUCUGCUUCUUUAGGGACAUGAAGCACCUGCCUACCUGGCAUUAUGUGCUCUAUUCGCUCAGUCUUGUGCUUAUCCUGUUGGGGAUCUACAUUGUGGCUAAACGGUCUUUACCUAAAGCGGAGGAUGAGGAGUAUAUGCUGCCGCUGUUGGCCCCACCCUCGGCUGAGGACGCUUCCGUGGAAAAGAUCUUCCAGCAAGCGUCAUACUACGCUCGCAGGGCAUCAUAUUCCGGACCGUCGAUGCUGCAAUCUCUUCGAAUGGGCCGCAAUGACACCGAGACACCAGAACGCCGCAAGUCCAUGCCGUUUAAGUAAGCAAACCGUUUUUGUCCGUGGCUUAGACGAAUGCACGACCGUAAGGGAUCUCUAUAGAGACUCAUUUGCAGCACCCCGUAAGCUAAAUAACUAACAACUCAAUUUCUCAAAAUUGACUAUUGACUUC